AUGGUGAAGUUUUGCUGUUCUCUCCUCCUCUUCAGUUUGUUGAGCGGGCAGCUCAAUGCCAACCCUGGACUCAAAGUGAGGAUCACCCAGAAGGGGUUGGAUUAUGCCAAGGAGGUUGGGCUGGAAAUCCUGAAGCAGAACAUGGAGAAGGAACAUUUCCCUGAUUUGAGUGGCUAUGAGAAAUAUGGGCUUGGUAAUGUCAAGUAUAACAUCUCAAGAAUACAUGUCACUGCUGUUGAAUUCCCCAGUGCUUCCAUCUCCUUCAUACCUGGGACUGGGAUAAAACUGGUGAUUGCAAAUGCUUCUCUAGCUGUCGACAUGAACUGGAACAUCAGGACCUGGAUAUUCAAAGACAGUGGGAGAAGCACAGUGUACAUUUCAAAGGUGUUUGUUACUGCAAUUUUUUCAACACCCUUGGAUAAUAUGGAUUAUAAAUCAGUAUCACUUACCAGCUGUCGGACAAGUUCUGGUGAGAUAAGCAUCAAGCUGAAUGGAAAAAAAGGCUUCCUGCAUAACUUCUUUAUCAAGUAUCUGAAGAAACCCAUUCACAGGACCUUGGUCACUAACUCUUGUCCCAACAUCAGAUCUGGGAUCCAGUUGAUGGAUGAAAACCUCCAAUCACUGAAUGUCCUAACACCCAUUGAUGAUUUGGCUGAAAUAGACUACUCCUUAAGUAGCCUGCCAGCAGUAUUUCAACCAUUCAUUAACCUGGACUUAAAGGGCAUAGUCUACCCGACUGGAAACUAUACUGCUCCUCCCUACGUGGCAGCUCCCUUCACUAUCCCAGACCAAAGGGACUCCAUGCUCUACCUUGCCUUUUCUGAGUAUUUCUUCCAGACUUCCUCAUUUGCUUAUUACACUGCAGGAGCCUUCAAUGUCACCAUUGCAGAGGAGACUUGCAGCUAUUAUAAUAUAAGCACAGAGAUAUUUGGCAGUAUCAUCCCUGAGGUAGCCAAAUAUUCAGUCACACCCAACCCAGUGAUGCUGAGGAUAAUGGCUACUGAAAUACCUAACAUCAGCUUAGAGCAAGACUCCUUCACAGUAGAGAUCCAAGGCUCCAUGGAGGUGUUUGCUGUUCUGCCAGACUCAACCAGCCAGUCAUUGUUCACAAUGAACAUAACAGCCAACACCAGCAUCGCUCUGAACAUAUUUGACCAGAAACUGAUGGGCUCACUAUGUUUGAACAGGCUCCAGUUCUCCCUAGCCCACUCCAAUGUUGGCUUUUUUGAGAUCUCACUUCUGGAGAACAUCCUCUCUUACAUCUUGCAGACUGAAGUCAUUCCAUCAGCUAAUGCUAAACUUUCAAAAGGAUUCCCUCUUCCCAAUCUUGCUAAUGUGAUUUUGACAAGACCACACAUUACAAUUGUACAGGGAUACAUGUUGGUUUCUACCGAUGUUCACUACAAACACUAA